AAUGGCAUUUACACUACAUUUAGAUGAACAGCAGGGGGCAGUAUGACUUUGAGUAGACCACAGUCUCUGAGCUCCACAUCCCUCCAGACAGGUGUUGGAUGUGAAGAGACCUUACAGGGUUAUGGUGCUCCUUACAUUGUGCUGAAAUGGUAGUAAGAUUGUUGUAUUCAAGACCAAUGGUGCUCAGUUCCAGUCUCAUUGACAGCACAAGGGAAAAUCCAUGAUCAGAGAUUGGGGUCACCAAUAAUGGAGUUCAUUGGAAUUAAGCCUGCAACCACCAGCUUUAACAUCAUAGCCAGGAAGGAGUGCUAACCAGAGUCAUUUUAUAUUGUUUCAAGGGUCAUUACGAGCCUGGAGCCUAUCUCAGGGGACUUCGGCACAAGGUGGGUGACACCCUGGAGGAAGUGCCAACCCAUCGCAAGGCACAAUCACACACUACGGACAAUUUGGAAAUGCAGUCAGCCUACGACGCAUGUCUUUGGACUGGGGGAGGAAACCAGAGUACCCUGAGGAAACCCCUGAAGCACGGGGAGAACAUGGAAACUCUGCGCACACAGGGCAGAGGCUCUAUACAGGGAGAGCACCAGAGGAGGUUGUAUAAGGAGUUGUUAGAAAACUACAACCGGCUGGAGAGACCCGUGGCCAAUGACUCUGCACCUCUGGUCGUGGAACUUGGACUCACACUGCUCCAGAUUAUAGAUGUGGAUGAGAAGAACCAAGUUCUCAUCACCAACGCUUGGCUACAGCUGGGCUGGACAGAUGUGUAUCUAAGCUGGAACCCUGAGAAUUACCCAGGCGUUAAUAAUCUACGCUUCCCAUCCAAUCAGAUCUGGACCCCUGACAUCCUCCUCUAUAACAGCGCUGAUGAGAGGUUUGACGCCACCUUUCACACCAACGUGCUGGUGAACUCAUCAGGAGCCUGUCAGUACAUACCACCAGGUAUUCUGAAGAGCACGUGUUACAUUGACGUGCGCUGGUUCCCGUUCGACGUGCAGAAGUGCGACCUGAAGUUUGGCUCCUGGACCUACAACGGCUGGCUGCUGGACCUGCAGAUGCAGGAGGUGGACAUUUCCACAUACAUCCCCAACGGAGAGUGGGACCUCGUGGGGGUCCCGGGGAAGAGGAAUGAGCUGUAUUAUGAGUGCUGUAAGGAGCCGUACCCGGAUGUGACCUACACGGUGACCAUCAGGAGGCGGACGCUGUACUACGGACUCAACCUGCUCAUUCCCUGCGUCCUCAUCUCAGGCCUCGCGCUGCUCGUGUUCCUGCUGCCUGCCGACUCUGGAGAGAAGAUUUCGCUGGGAAUCACCGUGCUGCUGUCACUCACCGUCUUCAUGCUGCUGGUGGCAGAGAUCAUGCCUGCCACCUCCGACUCCGUCCCCCUCAUAGCUCAGUACUUUGCGAGUACGAUGAUGAUCGUGGGCUUGUCUGUCGUCGUGACCGUCCUCGUCCUGCAGUUUCAUCAUCACGAUCCACACGGCGGCAAAAUGCCAAAAUGGGUGCGGGUGAUCCUGCUCCACUGGUGCGCUUGGUUCCUGCGUAUGAAGAAGCCAGGUGAUGAGCGCAAGUCCCCCUACAGCUAUUCCAGCGCCAGCACCAGCAGCCUGCAGAUGGGCAGCGUGCCCGGCCAGAUGGGCACCAACGGCCACACAAACCUCUACUUUGGCUUCCACUCUCCAGACAGUACCUGCUGCCCCAAUAGCAGCGACUCGGGCGUGUCGUGUGGCGUCUCCUGCAGCGGUGGGCAUCGUGAGGCAGCCCCGGCGCUUUCAGGCGAGCAGCGAGAGCUGCAGAGGCUCCUGGUUGAGGUUUCGUACUUGGCGCAGCGUUUCCGGGCCCAGGAUGAGGCCGAGGCGGUGCGAGGCGAGUGGAAGUUUGCGGCAGCCGUAGUGGAUCGCCUCUGCCUCGUCGCCUUCUCGCUCUUCUCCAUCGUGUGCACCUUCGCCAUCCUCAUGUCAGCGCCCAACUUCAUCGAGGCCGUCUCCAAGGACUUCACAUAAUCACCCUGCUUUUAUCUUUUCCAGUGAAAUGAGAAAAACUAACCACUGCCCGCGUGUGAGAAUAAGAGGUCACUGUAAGUCACAGAGAUUC